AUGUCCACCCAUCUCAACUCCCAAAUCCUGCAUCCCAAUCGCCGAGCCGUUGGCGGCACCGAGCUCAAUUGGUGUCGUGCGGUGGUCAGCGGCACCGGAAUCGCCGUCUUGGCGAUCCUUUCAUCAGUUAAUCCCGACAUGCAUAUGUCACGUCUCAGAAACGCCAUCAACAAACUUCAGAAUUCGCAUCCAAUUCUCAGGUCUCGUCUCCAUCACGAUCCUAACACUAACACCUACUCAUUCGUCACACUCACAACUCCUUCCCCUUCCAUUCAAAUCAAGCACUUCAACCAUUCCACCACUUCUCAGAUCCUCCAAGGCGACCAAAACAUCUCGCCCCUCCAUUUGAUUCUCGAACUCGAGCUUAACCAUAACGCAUGGACUAGUAGUACUACUUCAUUCAGCACCAAAACCGACGUCGUUUUCGCCAGCUCUUACGCUUUGCCUAGUGCAGCGAGGUGGGCGUUGACGUUAAUGGGAGUUGAAGAUGAGAAUGAGAAGGAAAUAACUAUGAACAAAGGAGAGAUCAGUUUGGCCAGUGAAUAUCUUCUUCCUAAAGGGAUGGCUAAGAAAACACUUUGGGCGCGUGGAGUCGACAUGCUAAGCUACUCUGUUAAUUUUUUAAGUCUUACCAACUUGAAGUUCAAAGAUGCAAAAUCUCCUAGAUCUACUCAAGUUGUGAGGUUGCUCAUCAACCCUGAUAACACUGACAAGAUCUUGAGAGGUUGCAAAACAAUGGGGAUUAAGCUGUGUGGAGCGUUAGGUGCUGCCGGACUGAUGACCGCGCACAGUUCUAAAUGCCGUUCCUAUCAUCAGAAGAAGAAAUAUGGUGUUGUCACCCUCACUGAUUGCCGGUCGAUUCUUGAACCUCCUAUAUCCUUGAACCUCCUAUAUCCGAUCACCGUUUCGGUUGUUUUCAAAAGACCCAACACUUAA